AUGUCUAGUAUCUAUAAGUUGUCUAUAAAAGGGAUACGUGCAUUUCACCCGGAAUCUGACGAGACAAUUCAAUUUGGGUUUCCAUUGACAUUGAUUUGUGGUCAAAACGGGUGUGGUAAAACAACUGUUAUUGAAUGUUUGAAAUAUGCAACGACAGGGACAUUGCCUCCAAAUUCAAAAGGAGGAGCAUUUGUGCACGAUCCAAGCUUAAGCUCUAGAACUGUUGUAACUGGACAAAUUAAAUUGGCAUUCAAAAACGUGAAUGGUAAAUCAAUGAUUACUACUAGAUCAGUUCAAGCGAGUCUGAAGUCAACUAAAAGUGCCACUGGAGCCACUGUCACAUUUAAAACUUUGGAAGGUCAAUUGGCAAUUAUUGAAAAAGGCGAUAAGAUAAGUGUCUCUUCCAAGAAUGCUGAAUUAGAUUCCCAGAUUCCAGUGUACUUGGGUGCAUCACCUGCGAUCUUAGAGAAUGUUAUUUUCUGUCAUCAAGAUGAAAGUUUAUGGCCAUUGAGUGAACCUUCGGCAUUGAAGAAGAAGUUUGAUGAUAUUUUUGAAGCUUCCAAGUUUACUAAAGUUUUGGAUAAUUUCAAAAGUAUAAAAAAGGAUAUGGCAACAGACAUCAAGUUGAUAGAGCAAAGUGUCAACCAUUUGAAAAUCGAUAAAGAGAGAGCAAAGAAAGUUCAAGAUAAAUUACAUAACAUGAAUGAGUCUGUUGAAAAAUACACCGAGGAAAUUACCGACCUUAAUAUUCAGAUUGAGAAAAAAGAAAAGCAAGCCGAAGAAUUAUUUGCCACAAACCAAGAAUUCCAAAGAACUCUAAGUGACUAUGAAAAUUUGUUAACCAAGAAGCAGGCAUUGGAAGAGCAAAUUGAACGGAUAGAAGCUUCGAUUGAAAUUUUACCUGACAAUGACGCAGAGCUUAUGAAUAGGCAAGAAAACUUCUCUGCAAUGACAACAGAAAAGAGUCACAAGAUUGACGAUCUCCAGUUACAAAGUACCAAAUUGCUGGAUAAACUAAAGAAUAAAACUAAACAGUACAAUGAAUUAAUAAGAUUGGAUGGUUCAUUCAAAGCCAAGAAGGCGGAAUAUGAUUUGAAUUGGGAAAAAUUGUCUGAUUUAGUUGAUAAAAAUGCAAAAGUUUUCAAUUUGCAAACUGGCAAUGACAGAGUACGAAAUAUUGCCAUGUUCCAAACUGAGUUGAACAAAAGACACAAUACCUUGCUUAACGAACAAAAGAGUCUUUUGGUAGAUAAUAAGAGAAAAGAAUCAGAAAGGCAAAGUGCACUUCAAGAUGUUCUUAACUCGAUAUCAAGGGAAGAACAACACCAAGAAUAUGCAACCAGUGUAAUAAACACUAACAACGAAAAGCUUCUGGUUUUAAGAAGAAAAGUAGAAGUGGGGAGUAAUAAUGAAGUAGAGUUGGAGGAAAAAAGAAAUGAUCUUGAUCUCACGAUGAAAUUGUUGCAAGAGAAAAAGGAUUUGAAUGAAGUCAGAAAACUCGAUGCAAAAAUUCUGGAGUGUAAUACUGAAAUAUCAAAAUUUGAAUUUGAACUCGACGAACUUGCCAAAAAGUUGUCCACGAGCAAUAAGCAAUCGGAUUUAAGAUCAAAAGUUUUGUUUUUGGAAGAAUCUGCUAAAUCUAAAAAGGCAGAAUUAUCAAAGAUUUUUGCCAAUAUAGACAACAAUUAUUUUGAGGUUUUGGGUUCAAAAUUAGAUGUUGAUGUAGGUGAGUCACUUUUAUCGCAAAAAAUUUCGAAUUUGGAAAUCAAAUCAGAAGAACAACAAAAGAAAGUAGUGACCUUGGAAAGUGAAUUGCAAAUUAACAAAAACUCAAUUGACUCUAUUUUGAAAACCAUAGAGGAAAACAACCUGAAAAUUGAUUCAUUGAAAGUAAGCAUAACCAAGGUUAUUAGUGAAGAUGAAAUUAAUGACUAUGAGAAUGUAGUAAAUGACUUGGAAGAUAGUUAUAGAAAUGUCCUGGAGGAUGUGAACAGUGCUGAAGUAACACGAGACUUCAAGAACUCGGCCAUAUCGUUUGCAGAGGAGAACAAGUGUUGCUUGCUUUGUAAGAGAUUGUUUGAACAAGGAGGGCUUGGCGCAUUUAUUCAGGAUUUGAAGCAAAGUGUUGAUGAACACAAAAUACAAGAAAUACGCGAACAAUCAUUAGAAAUAAAGAAAGAACUUGAGGAUGUGAAAUCAAUUAACUUGGAAGUGGUUAACUAUAGAGAAUGUCUUGCCAAUGUUCAGAAUUAUGAAUGUACAUUAAAGGAGUUGGUUGAUAAAUCGAACCAAAUAGAAAAGGAAUUAGAACAACAAAGAAAAGAUCAACAAGCAAUUAAACACUCUAUUGAUAAUGCUUCACUGUUGAAAAAACCCUUAUCUGAUGCAACUAGAAUAAAUUUGGAAGUACUGGAUAUUGAAUUUCAGCUUGAUGAAUUGAACGAAGACUUACGUGGGUUUGGAGGCCUGGUAGUUUCAGUAGAUGAAUUGCAAAGGCAGCAACAGGAAAUAAACAUGAAGAUCAAAAAGACAAGACAAAAUUUAAAUGAUUAUACAGAAAGCAAAUACAAGGCACAACGGGAGUUACAGAAGCUAGAAAAUAGAGUUAAAGAUACAAAAUUGCAGAUCAGUAAUUUAGAAAGAUCCCUUGCUGAAGUAACAGGCAUCAAAAAUAAUAUAUCAGAGGCUGAAGAUAUAGUCCGCGACUCUGAAGAAAAGUUGAAAAAAAUUAAAAGCUCUUUAGAUGCAUUACACGUUGACAAACAAAUGAAACUAGAUGCAUUAAAAGAUACUCAAAACAGUAUUCGUGACGUUGAACAAGAAAUGCAAAGAAAAGUGGAACUGAGUCACGAAUUGCUUACAUCAUUCACAUCACUCAACGAUGCAGUAACUUAUUUUGACACAAACAUAGCUGAGAAAUAUGAAGCAAAUGCCCUAGAAAUGAAAGAACUUUCUCAACAGUGCGCUUCUUUAGAAACCAAAAUAGAUGAAUACGCACAAGAAAUUAAGCUAUUGGAGAAGGAAGUAAUGGAUGCAUCUCGGAUAGAGCACAAUAUUCUUGCCAACAUUGAUUAUCGAAGUCAAUUAAGUAGAUUAGAGGAGACAGAGUUACAGCUUGGAUCCAUGGACAUAGAGGACGCUCAAUCUCGCAAAGAAGAAUAUCAAGUAGAAUCUAAAAAAUUGCGAGACGCGUUGUCGUCAUUAACUGCUGAACAUGCUGGUAAGAUCGGAGAAGUGAAACAAAUUAAAGAUCAAAUAUCAAGUUUGAAGAAAGAGUUGGAAACCGAAUAUAAGAAUGUAAAUCAAUCAUAUCAUGAGGAAUGGAUCAAGCUUCAAACCAACUUAUUGGUUUCAAACGACAUUCAGAUUUACUCAAAGGCUUUAGACAACGGUAUCAUGAAAUACCACAGUAUGAAGAUGGAAGAAAUCAAUCGGAUUUUAAAUGAAUUGUGGUCGCAAACGUAUAAGGGAUCAGAUAUUUCUACAAUUGCAAUUAAAAGUGAUGUCAAUUUGCAAGCUAAAGGAAAUAGAUCAUAUAAUUACAGAGUGGUGAUGGUAAAGGAAUCCAGUGAAUUGGAUAUGAGAGGUAGAUGCUCAGCUGGUCAAAAAGUAUUAGCCAGUAUUUUGAUUCGGUUGGCGUUAGCGGAAUGUUUUGGUGCAAAUUGUGGGAUGAUUGCGUUAGAUGAGCCUACCACCAACUUGGAUGCAGAAAAUGCCGAGGCACUUGCUGCAGCCUUGAACAGGAUCAUUGAAUACCGAAAAUCGCAAUCAAACUUUCAGUUGAUUGUCAUCACACAUGAUGAGAAGUUUUUGACACACAUACAGGGAGAUAGGUUUACUGAUCAUUUCUACCGGAUUCAAAGAGAUGAAAGUAGUAAAUCAAGAAUUUAUAGUUUACCUAUAGGUAGGAUUCAAGAGAACUAA